CACAAAUUUUUGUUCUAUGUUAAAGGGAGGUGUAUAUGUCCCUAUCAUGUUAAGAGUUUAAAUUGGUAGACAUAGGACAAGUCAUUUGUAACUAACUUUAGUUGUGUAGAACAAACUCUAAUCAAAAUAAGUUGUGUUUUCUUUAGUUGCAAGUUUCUUUUAAUUGUUCUUCAUGUUUGUUUAGAUUAACAAUUGCAGGGCAUAUCAGAGGCGGAUUCAGAAUUUUGAGUUAUGAGUUAUUGAUUAGAAUAAGUAGCUUAUUGAGUUCUGGAUAAAUUAUUUAUACAUAUUAACUGGAUUUCUUAACAUAUAUAUAGAGUUUUGGUUGAAGUUACUGAGUUCUGUUGAACGCGUAACAGAUACUUAUGGAAUCACAAAGGGGUACUACUAUGAUUGAACAAUCAUUUGAUUGUUACUCAGCAGGUUUUCAAGAUUCUCUUGAUGAAUUGCCUGAUUGUUUCACUAUAACUGAUCCCUACAUUUCUGGUAACCCUAUUGUGUAUGCUUCAAGUGGUUUCUUGGAAAUGUUUGGAUAUUCGAAGUAUGAGGUGAUAGGGAGGAAUGGGAGGAUAUUUCAGGGGCCUAAGACUAAUCGUAGAUCGGUUUUGGAGGUUCGUGAGGCGAUACGAGAGGAGAGGGAUAUACAAAUUAGUUUGUUGAAUUAUAGGAAAGAUGGGACACCAUUUUGGAUGUUGUUUCAUAUGUGCCCUGUUUUCGAUGAGAAGGAUGGGAGGGUGAUUCAUUUCUUGGGAGUUCAAGUUCCAAUUUUGAGGAGACCUAAGCCAUCUGGAGCUGGACUAAAUUUAUGCCAAGAUGGAGCUGGCUGUCGAGAGUCGGUGCUUAGGUGUUAUAGAAGGGAAGUUCACUCCAUGAGCGUGGAACGGGCACUGUCUCUUGCAUCGGGUUCAGGCUUGGAUUUCACAGGAGUAGAUGUAGAUGGACCUUGUGAUGCAAGUGAUCUAGAGAAGAGAAAAUCCACUGCUGUUAUAGACAACAUACUGACUGUGCUGGUACAUGAUGGUGAAUCAACAGGCAGACCAGUCCAUGGGAAGAGACGUUCUCAACCUGGGACGGGUCAGCUCGGGGCAUCCUUAAAUAUAUCUCUUGGUAGAAUCAAACAAAGCUUUGUAUUAACUGAUGCUAACUUACCGGACAUGCCAAUUGUCUUUGCAAGUGAUAACUUUCUGAAAUUAACAGGCUUUUCCAGAAAUGAAUUGCUGGGCUAUAACUGUAGAUCUUUUAGUGGGAUGGACACAGAUUCAAGCUCUCAAUUUCGGAUAAAAGAAUGCAUCCAAAAUGAACAACCGUGUACACUACGUAUGUUAAAUUACAGAAAAGACGGAACCUCAUUUUGGCUUCACAUUUCACCUGUCCGGAAUGCUUCAGGAAAGGUUGCAUACUUUGUCGCUGUUGAGGGUGAAGAUAAUAACGAGACUAAGGAGAAUCAGGGGUUGAGACAGCGUGGUGUCGUUGCUGCUGUAAAAGUUGCUGUGAGAGGCUUGUCAAUGAGUGUGAGAACAUGCUAGUUCUUGUACAAACUGGCUCCAGAUUUCUUCUGUGCUGUUAGUCGCCACUCGCCACAAAGUCUCUCCUUUACAAAUGUUACUACCUCACAGUUCUCGUUAGCACCAGAUGAAAUGCAUACAUACAAGAUUAUAAAUAAGGUAAAUAUUUUGUUGGAGUGAACGUCUAGAUCAAGCUGUCAAGCAUCAGACAUAUAACAUGUGUAUCAUCAGUAAAAAGGGUAGUCAAGUAGAUUUGUUAGUCCUUUUUGUGCAAGACAGUUUUUACAUGCUUUCAUCUUAACUCGGAUCCAUUAGUUAUGCAUCUACGAAUUAUAACUCGAUUUACAUCUAUGUAAUCUAUUACCUUCGAAUCCAUCAGUUAUGCAUCUACGAAUUAUUACUCAAUUUACAUCUAUGUAAUCUAUUACCUUCAUUCAAGUGUUUAGAAGUACGAUAUAUGUUUACCGUAUAUGAUUACGGAUUAUGGUAUGUUCUUCAAUUUGAUGAAAUGCAGACUUGUGUAAA